CCCACCACCAUUGGAGCUGACACCACUUGCAAACCCUGGAAACAUAAAUGUCAUUAGAAGCACCAGGUUCAUGGACGAUUUAGGAAAAGAAAUAAAGCUGUACCGGACUCGCAGCCUGCAGCACCGAGGGGCGUUAGUUUUGUUCAGCUACUCCGAGUUCACCACCGGGGAACACUUCAGGGACAUUGCUAGCGACAGCGAGAUGUUGAUGGAUCUGUUCAGGCAGAUCGGCUUUAGGCUCAACCUGUCCUAUGAGAACAAGACUAAACGGGAAACAUUGGACUUAAUAAAGGGCCUCAAGCUAGAAGAGUUCGAGUGCGUUUUCUUCGUGGUUUCGUCCCACGGGUACGGCCGGGACGGCAUGUGGGACACCGAAAUCCGCUGCACGGACGGCGGGCUGAUCUCUUCCCAUGAAGUUGUGGACCUUUUCAACAGUGAGAACCACCCGACGCUGGACGGGGUACCUAAGGUGUUCAUAUUUCAGGCAUGCCGCGGUAAGAAAUUGCCGCCGGAGCUGCAGGGAGUGAUAACGGACGUCUCCAACUUUACCGAGGCUAGCGAGCCGCGUGACUCCGGCAGCCGCGGACGUAGCUACUCCGAUAUACUUAUCGCACACUCCACCCUGCCAGGUUUCGUCUCACCCCGCAACGAGGGUGACAACAGUGGCUCCUGGUACAAGCAAGCGCUGUGCUCCGUAUUCGCCGCGCACGCGCACGACCACCACGUGCUCGAGCUCUUCCAACUAGUCGACGAGGCGCUCAAGCGACGUUGCCACGCCGCCACCACCACUGUCGAGAGCUGGGGCUUCAACAAGCAUCUUUACUUGCAUCCUGGCUUGGCUGAAGACGCCAAUGGGAAUCCUAAACCCAUGUAAAGUUCAAAAGACCAGUUUGCUCAAGCGACGUUGCCACGCCGCCACCGUCGAGGGCUGGGGCUUCAACAAGCAUCUUUACCUGCAUCCUGGCUUGACUGAAGACGCCAAAUAACUCUUUGGUGUUCACAAAUACUUCACAAUUUACUACCCAGUCAUCAUGCUUUGGACUACAGUCAGCAUCAAUAAAGCAAGGACGCUAAUUACGAAGAAUUUCGUACAUUGUAUCGCCUGUUUGUAUCACAGGCACGCGCGUAAUUAUAUUGCUUUCCUUUCUCGCCCAUGACGCCGGCGGUCAGUGACACUGCGAUCGGGACACCAAUAUAAUUAAAAUCGUCUAAAUCGCGAUGCGAGAACUUGCAUGCGAGUUUCAUACCAUUGCGGGUUUUGAUUGGUCGGUUGGAUUGGACGUAGUCCACAGUCCGCAAUGUAACUAAAAUCGCAUGCGAGUUCGCGCGCCGUCUAAAUCAGCCCAUGCGCGCGUCAUAAAUAUAGGAAGACGCAGGUCAAUGUACGACAUUCUUCGUACUUAGCGUCCUUAUUUUAGUAGCGUGAAACAAUGUACCAAAAGUAGCUGCCGCCUUUUCCGAAUAUCUGUAUAUCUCGAGUAUCUCGACAGUUCGCGUUCAAAAGUAUCUACAACAAUUUUAUUGUUCUAUAUAUAGAUGUAACCACUUUUGUUAGGCUGUCAGAGAAAAAUAUAAAAGUGACGCUUUUUUAUGCUGAUUGUACACAGACAGAUUUGGACAAUCAAGCUCAAUUUUAGUAACUAGAAUAUAAAAAAAUAUUAUGAUAUUAUUAUAGUAAAUUUAGAAAAAUAUACUUAAUAAAAUACCCGACUGAUUAGCUUUAGCUAACGUUACCUCUAUAACUCAAACAUACGUAACAUAAAGUUAGUAAAACUAUUUGGGCUCUAGCUGUACCAAAGAAGUAAUAGGCUAAUAGCAUACCUAAGACGUAGGUACUCGUGUCCAAAAACCUACCGUCCUAUGGUGGGGUCACCUGUUGAAAAUAUUAAAAUAUUCUAAACAAUCCAUUAAAUAUAACUGUUUCUUAAUUAAUCAAUAAAAAUAAUCUAUUACUUACAUGAGAAUAACAAAACUUAUAAACUAUUAUUAAAAUUAAGUAUAAACUAAAUAAAUUAAAACUAAUAAAAUAAAUAAAUAAAACUUACCCAUCUAUCUUAGAUCCCCCAGAUCUGUCCCCUGCGGAAGGGUACCCAUAAGGCUGGUUACAUUCCCACGCUGAAUAGAUAUGCCUAUUCCUUGGCCUAGGAAUGAGCCAGCCCUAGGGUCACCCGUCGAUGUAAGGAUAUAACACAAAACAACAAUCGACAUUACCUCAGUUAGGCAUUUAAAAUAACGUUAUAUUCCGUCUAUAUCGUGAAGGCUGUGUGUGUUGUGUUUCUUCGUUAUUUAACACACUAGUCCCUGUGAUACUAGUCGCUCUAAGUGUUGAAAUCAUUGUGUUGUAUUCCUAAUAUUAUUAUGAAGUUGCAUUGCUCACGUAUUUUUGUACUUAAAUUAUUUUAAAUCAUGACAAUGAAUUAUAAAAUGUUAUACUAAAUUAAAAAAAAAAAAUUAAUGUGAAAAUGUAAUUUUGGACGUAGUAUCUGAAUCAUUUGUUGUAUUGAUCUAAUUACAUAUGAGUAUGACUAUCUAACUAUAUUUUAUAAAAGUUGAUAAGUAUUCUAACAGGGCUCAUUUAGACGGCGCGCGAACUCGCGUGCGAUUUUAGUUACAUUGCGGCCUGUUGAACUCAGCCGACUGAUCAAAUAACGCAAUGUAAUGAAACUCGCAUGCGAGUUCUCGCACCGUCUAAAUGAGCCCUUAAAUAUAGUCAAGCAUUGAGGCAUUCCAAAACCGGAGCACGGGGGUAAUGAUAUUUACCAGUACCAGUCGCUUUUCGGCGAAGGAAAACAUCCUGAGGAAAUCGGACUAUCCCCAAUAAGGCCUAGUAUGUCCUUUUAUGCUGGAAGGUCAGAUGGCAGUCACUUUAGUAAAAACUAGUUCUAGCUCCAAUUUUUGCGAUUACCUUGUUUUAUACAAUGUAACCGCGAAAGUGCUAAUACUCGUAGCAUAAGAUUU